AUGGAUUUCAACAGACCCAUUCCACGAGAGGAAGUACAGAAGCUAUAUGAGCGAUGGCAACACAUAAAGGCACAACUAGGUGAUGGUGCAGUGCACAACAAUGAAUUCAUUCACUUAUCCAAAGUGCUCAGACACAUUUCAAAACAACAAGAGUUGGCUAGAAGACUACUACAACAACAACAACAACAACAACAACAGAGUAAUGGGAAUAGUAAUGUUGGUACUCCUGCUCAACAACCAAUGAUGCCACCUGGAUCUGCCAAUACUCAAAUCAAUCAGAAUAACAUUGUUGGCCAACAACAACAGCCUAAUUUUAUACAUAACAAUAACGGUGCUAGUCAAAAUGGAUUCGUGAAUCCUCUACAACAGAACCAACCUUUCCAAAUGAACAAUAACAAUACUCAAAGUCCAAUGCAACAGAAUGUUCAAAUUCCAACUUCUCAACAACAAGGUUUCCAAAGGCAGGCUCAGCAACAACAGUCGUUCACUCCACAAUUGCAACAAGGCCAACCCCAGGGCCAACCACAACCACCACAGCAACAACCUCAGCAGAAGCAGCAACAUCCUUUGAAUAAUGGACUGUUUGAUCCUGAACAAUCUGUCUUAUUGAAAGCUCAAAUCGCUGCCUUCAAGUGUCUUGUGAAGAAUUUACCUGUUCCACCUGAAGUUAAUCAUAUCCUUGCAAGAUCUUUGGCUCAAACCUUACAGAAUGAUAAAUCUCAAUCUCAAAUGCCAUCUCAACAACCUACACCACAAAUUCAUCAAAGACAAGCUUCAAUAUCCAAAACCCAACCUACCCCUACAAUACCACCAAAUACUCAAUCCCCUAUGGGAUCUGCUCAUUCCAACUCUCAAAAUAAUACACCAACCAUACCUAACAAAGCUAAUCCAACCAUCUCAAACAUUAAACAACAAUUACCACCACAAUCAAAACCAAACAUCUCUGCAGGUUCAGGCUUACACACUUUUGAAAACCAACCACCUGUUCCAUUGGAACAGUUGAGAGCUGAAUACCCAGAUAUAACUACAAUUGUGCCUUAUAAUGAUCCAAAGAUUAAAGUUGAUAGUUAUACAAAACCUAUUCAACAAAAAGCAGUUCCAUUUGAACUACUUUACCAUCCAAAAUCAAGAGUGACAAUACCUGGCGUAUUUCCUGAAGGCUUGGAUUUGAAUGGCGCUUCACAAUUACAUGAAGCUGAAAUUCAAUUGGAAAUUGAUGGUGUGUUGGAAGAGAUGAAGUCUAAAUUUGAUAACAUUGCUGAUGGGAAAGAUCUUGAAGAUCCUGAACAUAUUGAUGAAUUGAUUGAUUAUUAUGCUUUGAAAUUAUUACCUCUGCAAAAGGCAAUGAGAGGACAUGUCUUGAGUUUUGAUUAUUUCAAAAACUCAUUACUGACAAAUAGUCAUCCAAAUUUUCUGGCUAAGAUUAGAAAAAUUAGCCCAAUUGAUGCUCAAAUUACAAAUAAUUUAUAUCUUCAACAACAAUCUUUAAAAAUUAAAAUUGAACACAAGAAAAAAUUUGACAAGAUUGAAAAAUUAACUUCAGAUUCAAGUUCCAUUAUUAGAAAAAGAUUUAAUAAAAAAGAUCAAGUUCAAAAAUUUGGAAGAUCUAUUGUUCAUUUACAUGGUUACAUUGAAAAAGAGGAACAAAAGAGAGUUGAAAGAAAUGCUAAACAACGUUUGCAAGCUUUGAAAGCUAAUGAUGAAGAAGCAUAUAUCAAAUUAUUGGAUCAAACAAAAGAUACAAGAAUUACUCAUUUGUUGAAACAAACCAAUCAAUUUUUGGAUUCUUUAGCUCAAGCUGUUAAAGAUCAACAAAAGGAAACUCAUGAACAUGCAAAGGCUUCAGGUAUUGAAGUUGCUGAUGAGUUUGAUAAUUUGGAAGGUGAUGACAAUGAAAAUAUUGAUUAUUAUUCAGUUGCUCAUAGAAUUAAAGAGGAAAUUAAAAAACAACCAAGUAUAUUAGUUGGUGGUGAACUUAAAGAAUAUCAAAUGAAAGGUUUACAAUGGAUGGUUUCCUUAUUUAAUAAUCAUUUAAACGGUAUUUUAGCAGAUGAAAUGGGUCUAGGUAAAACUAUUCAAAGUAUUUCAUUAAUCACGUAUCUAGUUGAAGUGAAGAAAGUUAAUGGUCCAUUUUUAGUUAUUGUUCCAUUAUCAACUUUAACAAAUUGGAAUUUAGAAUUUGAAAAAUGGGCACCAUCUGUUAAAAAAAUUACUUAUAAAGGUACUCCAACUUUAAGAAAAAUCAUGCAACAUGAUAUUAGAACUCAAAAUUUUCAAGUUUUAUUGACAACUUUUGAAUAUAUUAUUAAAGAUCGUCCUUUAUUAGCUAAAAUUAAUUGGGCUCAUAUGAUUAUUGAUGAAGGUCAUAGAAUGAAGAAUGCUAAUUCUAAAUUAUCAUCCACUUUAACCCAGUAUUAUCAUACUGAUUAUAGAUUAAUCUUGACGGGUACUCCUUUGCAAAAUAAUUUACCAGAAUUGUGGGCAUUAUUAAAUUUUGUUUUACCAAAAAUUUUCAAUUCAGUGAAAUCAUUUGAUGAAUGGUUUAAUACCCCUUUUGCAAAUACCGGUGGUCAAGAUAAAAUUGAAUUAUCAGAAGAAGAGACAUUAUUGGUUAUUAGAAGAUUACACAAGGUUUUGAGACCUUUCUUAUUACGUCGUUUGAAAAAAGAUGUUGAAAAGGAUUUACCAAAUAAGAUUGAAAAAGUUAUUAAAUGUAAAAUGUCUGCAAUUCAAUCCAAAUUAUAUCAACAAAUGCUUAAGUAUCAUCAAUUGUUUAUCGGUGACGAAGAAGGUAAAACAUUGGUUCCAAUUAAAGGUUUAAAUAAUCCAAUUAUGCAAUUGAGAAAAAUUUGUAACCAUCCAUUUGUUUUCGAAGAAAUUGAAUAUGCUUUGAAUCCAACAAAUGAGACUAAUAAUAAAAUUUGGAGAGUUGCUGGUAAAUUUGAAUUAUUAGAACGUGUCUUGCCAAAGUUUAAAGCUACAGGUCAUAGAGUUUUAAUUUUUUUCCAAAUGACACAAAUUAUGGAUAUCAUGGAGGAUUUCUUGAGAUUAAAUGAUAUGAAAUACCUAAGAUUAGAUGGUUCUACAAAACCUGAUGAUCGUACCAAUUUGUUGAAAUUGUUUAAUGAUCCAAAUUCAGAAUAUUUUGCAUUUUUACUAUCUACAAGAGCUGGUGGGUUAGGUUUAAAUUUACAAACCGCUGAUACUGUUAUUAUUUUUGAUACUGAUUGGAAUCCUCAUCAAGAUUUACAAGCACAAGAUAGAGCCCAUAGAAUUGGUCAAAAGAAUGAAGUUCGUAUCUUGAGAUUGAUUACUGAAGAUUCUGUUGAAGAAGUUAUUUUAGAACGUGCUCAUCAAAAAUUAGAUAUUGAUGGUAAAGUUAUUCAAGCUGGUAAAUUCGAUAAUAAAUCUACAUCUGAAGAACAAGAGGCACUUUUAAGAGCUUUAUUGGAAGCUGAAGAAACUAAAAAAGGUGGUAAAGAUGAAGAUGAAGAAUUAAAUGAUGAUGAAUUGAAUGACAUUUUGUCAAGAAAUGAUGAUGAAACUAUAUUGUUUAAGAAAAUGGAUGAAGAAAACAAAUAUAAGAAAAUCCAAGGUCGUUUAUUUACAGAAGCUGAAUUACCACCAAUUUUCCAACGUGAUCCAUCAGAUUUCUUCAAAGUUGAAAAUGCAGAAGAUUAUGGACGUGGUGCAAGAGAACGUAAACAAACGUUUUAUGAUGAAAAUGUUUCUGAAGAACAAUGGUUGAGAGAGAUUGAUGGUAUUGAAGAAGAGGAUGAAGAAGAAGAGGAUGAAUUUGGUGAUAUCAAACCAACAAAAAAGAGAAAAAGAUCUAGAAAGAAGAAGGAUGUUUUAGAUGAAGAUGAAGAUAUCAUGAAAUAUGCUGGUAGAAAAAGAAGAAGUAAUAACGAUGAUUCUAUUAUUGGUGCUGGUUCGAAAACAGUUGCACAUAAAGCUUUAGCCAAAAGUGGUGGUGGUGCUGCUAAUAGACGCAGAGCUGCAGCCUCACGUAGAGGUAAAGGUGUUGGUCGUGGUAAUGCAGGAACUCCAGUUAAUAGAUUACCAAAGAUUGAAGAUCCAUUAAGCCCAGAGGAGCGUAUCAAAUUGACUGUUGAUAUCGAUGAGAUUUAUCAAAACUUGAUUGAUUAUACAAAUGAAGAAGGACGUAAAUUGAGUGAGAUUUUCCUUGUUAAACCACCAAAGAAGUAUUAUCCAGAUUACUAUUUGUUGAUUAAGAAUCCAAUUGCUUUUGAUGUUAUUUCCAAGAGAAUUAAAACAAAUAUUUAUUGUUCAUUGAAGGAAUUUAUGGAAGAUGUUCGUUUGAUGUGCUCUAAUGCAAAGAUUUAUAAUGAAGAAGGUUCAAUGGUUUAUCAAGAUGCAGUUGUUCUUGAAGAAUUAGCUUUUAAGCUGUACGAGGAAAAGGGUCAAGGUGAAGCUGAUUUAGAUUUUAGUGCUUUUGAUGCUGAAUAUUGUACAAAAGUUCCUCCAACUUCAUCAUUAAAUGGAGCUACAUCAACUAUCAAUACACCAUCCAGCACAGGUACCACUACACCAAACCUGAUGGAUGGAACAAUCGGAGGAAGUGAUAAGUUUUAA